UGCAGGGUCGCGCGUUGGCGCGCCGUCCCUUCUCUCGACGCGAGCGCGUUCCGCGCGACGACGAUCCCUCUCCCCUCCGAGUUCGUGGACUACCUCCUCGAGGACGGGCUGUCGCUGCCGGCCGGCAGCGAGGCGAUGCCCGCGCGCUUCGGCGCGCGCGACGACGACGACGACGACGACGACGCGUCCUCCUCCUCCUCCGCCUCCGGCGACGACGCCGUCGCCCCCGCGCGUUCGUUCCCGACUCUCGAGCGCGUCGUCCGCGACGCCGUCGACGCGCUCGGCGGCGCCGUCGCGCCCAAGCUGUCGUGGUCCGCCCCGAAGGACGCGACGUGGAUGGCGACGACGUCCACGACGCGGUGCCUGAACCCGGGGGAGGUGUUUCUGCUGCUGAAGGCGUCCGACGCGGUCGCGCACGACCUCUCGGACGCGUACUCGCCGUGCCGCGACUUCGACGCCGACGACGCCGCGGGGCUCAGAGCGUCGCAGCUCGCGUCGCUGCGCGCGGAUGCGACGCUGACGCUGACGCGGUGGCGGGACCUCUCCCCGAGCGGCGAAUUUCGGUGCUUCGUCUGGCGCGGCGACCUCGACGUCGUGUGCGGGCACUUCCCGUCGCGCGAUUACGUUUUCGACGUGUACGUGACGUCCAACCGGCGGGUGAAGAUCAUAGACUUCAACCCGUGGGGCGGCGGCACGCUCCCUUUGCUGUUCGAAUGGCACGAGUUACAGCGGCGAGGUAGCGGCGAGGGCGGGUUCACGGAC